AUGGCCAAGACCUUCUCCCGCGACGAGGUCGCCAAGCACACUACCGAGGACGACGUGUGGUUCAUCAUCGACAGCAAGGUCUACGAUGUCUCCGACUUCCUCGAUGCCCACCCCGGUGGUGAGGCCGUCCUCCGCCAGGUCGCCGGAACCGACGCUACCGUCGCCUUCUACAACCUCCAUCGCCACGAGGUCCUGACCAAGUACGAGAGCCUCGCCAUUGGCACCGUCGAGGGCGAGAAGCCCUCUGUCAUCACUCCCCAGCCCGGUGACCUUAGCACCGUCCCCUACGCCGAGCCCCUCUGGCUCUCCCCCGUCUACAAGAGCCCCUACUACAACGAGUCGCAUCGCCGCCUCCAAAAGGCCAUGCGCGUUUUCCAGGACAAGUACAUUACACCAGAGGCUCAGGCAAGGGAGGCCGAUGGAAAGUACAUCUCGCAGGAGCUCAUUGACCGCAUGUCCAAGGCCGGCAUCCUGCACAUGCGUCUGGGCCCCGGCAAGCACCUGCACGGCGUCAACCUGCUGGACGGUGCCGUCAAGGGCGAGGAGUUUGACUACUUCCACGACAUGAUCCUGGGCCAAGAGGGUUCCCGCGCCAAUGCCCGUGGUUUCCAGGACGGCAACAUGGCCGGAAUGGUCAUCGGUCUGCCCUGCAUCAUGAACUACAUGAAGGACGAGAAGCGCAAGAAGACCAUCAUGGAUGAGGUCUUUAGCGGCAAGAAGAAGAUGUGUCUCGCCAUCACCGAGGCGUUUGCCGGUUCUGAUGUUGCUGGCCUACGGACCACGGCCGUCAAGACCCCUGAUGGCAAGCACUACAUUGUCAAUGGUACCAAGAAGUGGAUCACCAACGGUGUCUUCUCCGACUACUUUGUCACUGGUGUCAAGACGGACAAGGGCCUGAGUGUCCUGCUCAUUGAGCGCGGAGAGGGCGUCGAGACCAAGCUCAUCAAGACCUCCUACUCCACCGUCGCCGGUACCACAUACAUUACAUACGACAAUGUCAAGGUGCCCGUAGAAAACCUGAUUGGCGAGGAGAACAAGGGUAUCUACGUUAUCCUUUCCAACUUUAACCACGAGCGGUGGACCAUGGCCUGCGGUUCCGUUCGCAACAUGAGAACCGUUGUCGAGGAGUGCCUCAAGUGGGCCCACCAGCGCAUCGUCUUUGGCAAGCGCCUCAUUGACCAGCCCGUCAUCCGCCAAAAGCUGGCCAAGAUGAUUGCUCUAGUCGAAUCCCACCAGUCGUGGCUCGAGACCAUCACAUAUCAAAUGUGCAACAUGCCCUACAAGCAGCAGUCGAGGUACCUUGGCGGCCCCAUUGGUCUGCUCAAGAUGUCCACCACGCGGGCUGCCCAUGAGAUUGCCGACGAGUCGGUACAGAUCUUUGGAGGCCGUGGCCUGACCCAGUCGGGCAUGGGUCGCGUCAUUGAAAUGUUCCACCGUACUUACAAGUUCGAUUCCAUUCUCGGUGGCGCCGAGGAGGUUCUCGGUGACCUGGGUGUCAGGCAAGCCAUGAAGGAGAUGCCAAAUGCCAAGCUAUAA